GAUAUAAUCCCAUGCACAAAAUACAAAAAGGUAAAAGACCAAGAACCUCCGUUUAUCUCUCUUCACUAUCGGCAAUCCUCAGUUUCGCUACUUUGUUGUGGGGGGGUUUUUGUAGGGGUCUUUCUUCUAUUCGAUUCAUUCGACUAUCCGAUUUCUUUACAAAAGAAAGAUAGCAAGAAUAGAGUGAGGGACUGAAAGAAGGAGAUGGGUUCUCUGCAAGAUGUGUUAGGGAGAGGAGACAGAGGAAAAGACGAGGGAGAAGAGGUAGAGGAAGAGCCAAUAUUGAAGCAGCAAAACCAGAGGUUUUGCAUGUUUCCCAUUAAGUAUCAGCCCCUUUGGGAGAUGUACAAGAAGGCUGAAGCCAGUUUCUGGACCGCUGAGGAGGUUGAUCUCUCACAUGAUGUGCAGCACUGGGAAACCUUAUCUGAUUCAGAGAAACACUUCAUAAGCCAUGUACUAGCCUUUUUUGCUGCCUCUGAUGGGAUAGUUUUGGAGAACUUGGCUGCAAGAUUUCUAAAUGAUGUUCAAAUUCCAGAGGCCCGGGCAUUUUAUGGGUUUCAAAUUGCAAUGGAGAAUGUGCAUUCUGAAAUGUACAGCUUGCUUUUGGAGACUUAUAUUAAGGAUUCAAAAGAAAAGCAUAGAUUAUUCAGUGCUGUUGAAAGCAUUCCUUGUGUGGCUAAGAAGGCUAAGUGGGCUUUAGAUUGGAUUCGGAGUUCCACUUCAUUUGCAGAAAGACUGGUUGCUUUUGCAUGUGUUGAAGGAAUCUUUUUUUCAGGAAGCUUCUGUGCCAUUUUCUGGCUUAAAAAAAGAGGAUUGAUGCCAGGCUUGACAUUUUCAAAUGAGCUUAUAUCUAGAGAUGAGGGUCUUCACUGUGACUUUGCUUGCCUUCUUUACAGUUUGUUAAAGAAGCAGCUAGAUUGCCAGAAGGUUGAACAUAUUGUUGAUGAAGCAGUGGAAAUUGAGACUGAGUUUGUCUGUGAGGCACUCCCUUGUGCAUUAAUUGGCAUGAAUUCAUCACUCAUGAGCCAAUACAUAAAGUUUGUUGCUGACCGUCUUUUGGUUGCAUUGGGUUAUGAGAGAAAAUACAAUGCAGAAAAUCCUUUUGAUUGGAUGGAAUUUAUAUCUCUUCAAGGGAAAGCUAACUUCUUUGAGAGGAGGGUGGGUGAUUAUCAGAAAGCAUCUGUUAUGUCAAGCCUUCAGAAUGGAGGGAAAAACUAUGAAUUCAAGCUGGACGAAGACUUCUAGUCACCUAUUGUUGAUUGCCUCUAGUGUCAAUUCAAAUGCUGGUAGUGGGUAUCAAAUUUUUGUUACGAUUCUUUGCAGUAACGUUUUGUCUAUAAUACACAUUAUGAAAAGGCUAUCGGAAACCAUCAAAUCAUCAACUGGACAAAUAUUUAGAAUCACUGCUUUCCCUUAUCUGAUGUUUUUAGUGCCUGUCACAUUCGAAGGCGGUAGGUAUUCUGUCUGUAUCCAAGCUAAAUGUUCCUCUUGGUGGAAUGUUGAUAUCCAGGGCACUUUAUUUGA